AUGGUCUAUGCUCUGGAUUACCAGACAUGGCACCGUCGUUUUGCUCAUCCUUCAAAGGAUGUGCUUCGACAUGCUCGGAAACACGUCUCCGGGUUUACACCCGUUGAGAUACCCACCGAAGAACAUAUAUGCCGAGGUUGCGCGCAGGGCAAGAUGCCUUUGCGACCCUUUCCUACUCACCCUGUUCGCGCUGAAAGAGCGUUUGAACUUAUCCACUCUGACAUCAAGUCAUUCCCAAUCGAGUCGUAUCACAAGCAUAAAUAUGUGAUAACGUUCUUGGAUGACUACACUUCGUUUGCUUGGAUAGUUUGCCUGCGCACUAAAGAUGCGGCACUACCAGCAAUUAAACACUUCAUGGCAAUGGUCAAAAACCAGUUCAGUUCAACCAUUGAGAAGUGGAUGUCGGAUGCAGGGGGAGAGUAUAAGUCCAAAGCCUUGGACGACUACUUUAAAAGUAACGGCAUUAAAGUUCUUCAGAGCGCACCUCACACACCACAGCAGAAUGGUCGUGCUGAGCGGUAUAUGCGCACCUUCAUGGAU